CAAUCCGCUAUUAUAUAUUGUUUAUUGCUUCAAUUUUGUGAGGAUCGAUUAAAAGCAGUAAAGUUUGAACACAUAUUUAUAUGUUGUGGGCGUCAGUGUACUUUGAAAUUGUAUUAUAUUGUGAACUAUAUUUGAAAUCAAAUUCCGUAUUGGGAUUUAGUGAAGGGCGGCGACCUAACUCGAAUUGAUCUAUUUUUGACUCUCGUCUGUUAUCAUCUGUAACUCUUCUAAGGAGAGAAACUUUUUAUCAGACAGGUGGAUUCUCCCUGUUUGAAGAAUAUGCAUAUUUUACAUUUCUUCAACAUGUUUUUCACGCAACUGUCUUUUUGAUCCUUUAUUUUUGUAUAAACAACUUGCCUGUUUAUUUAUUUCCCUAUCGCAGAUAUUCAUAAUUGACGCCUGAUAUUGACAUUUUUAUAUUCGUGACAAUUUGUUUAAAUAUUAAUUCUCCUAAUUUAUUCAAUUGAAAAAUGGAAGCAAUAGCCAAACACGAUUUUAAUGCUACUGCCGAUGACGAGCUCAGUUUUAGAAAAGGACAAGUCCUUAAGGUUUUAAAUAUGGAAGAUGAUAUGAAUUGGUACAGAGCAGAAUUAGAAGCUAAAGAAGGUCUCAUUCCGAGCAAUUAUAUUGAAAUGAAGAAGCAUGAUUGGUAUUAUGGUAGAAUAACCAGAGCUGAUGCUGAAAAAUUACUCUUGAACAAACAUGAAGGAGCCUUUUUGAUUCGAGUCAGUGAAAGCUCUCCUGGCGAUUUUUCUCUCUCAGUAAAUUGUUUCAGAUGUGGAGAUGCUGUCCAGCAUUUCAAAGUGUUGAGAGAUACGCAGGGUAAAUUCUUUCUCUGGGUUGUGAAGUUUAAUUCUCUUAAUGAACUAGUAGAAUACCACAGAUCAGCUUCUGUCAGUCGCUCUCAAGAUAUUAAGUUAAAGGACAUGCAUCCUGAAGAGUUUCUGGUACAAGCCAUGUAUGAUUUCCACCCACAAGAAGCUGGUGAAUUAGAAUUUCGUCGUGGAGACAUCAUAACCGUGAUGGAUCGAUCGGAUCAGAAUUGGUGGGAAGGCGAGAUCGGAUCGAGACGGGGAUACUUUCCAGCCACUUACGUCGUCCCCUACCAUACAUAGAAGGAUUUUUUUUUCAUUUUAGAAAUAACUUCUCUUUUGUACAUAAAAAACUUGAGUCGCAAUCUCAACAAACCUAAGACUUAGUAUCUUGUGUCCUAGAUGUUAUAUAUAAAAACCAAACAGUCAAAUCUUUUUUCUUUUCUUCCUAACGCAACUUAAUUAAUGGGUGGCAUACUAAAUGUGUUCAAUUCUGGUACAAUGCUUUGUGGCUAUGAACCAAUAAUUUUUUUUAUUUGAAGUUAAACUUGCAUUUUUAAAAGUGCUCUUUUUAAUCAAUUCUACUUUAUUUAAAAAGUCAGGAAAAUAUGGAGUAUUGUUUUUGUCUUUUCUCUUAAAAAAGAAAAAUUGCAUUUAACUGUUUCAGCCACCUAAGAUUUUUUUAAAAAUUAGUUUUCUGAUAUUGAAAUUAAAUCUUUAUACAAUUAAACAAAUUGAGGCUUAUUUUUCUGUUUGAGAAAAAUUCAACCUGUGGUAUAUCAACUUUGUGUUUAAUUUUAUACCAUAAUAAUUUUUCUACAUAGCUAUAGAAAUUAUCUCUGUGAUUACGGAAAAGUAUUGUUGCUAUCCCAAUUAAUGUUGAUUGAUUCUCAUUGUAAAGCGUUUGGACUAUUUAGGAGACAUUGUUUUAUUAAUGUUACGAUAGUUAAUUUGCUGUUAAAAUAGGUUCAUUAACUUUUUUUUCAGUGAUUAAGAUGUGUAAUAAAGCAUUUAGUAUUUAUUUACAAAUUGUCAAACUUUAAAAGCUUUAGAAUUAAAAUAUCACUAUAACAUUUUUUUCUAUUAUUACUAUUGGCUAACGUAAUUUUAAAUCAAAUCUCAUUAUUCCAAAAGUGAAUUGAGUGUUGUAGUCUGAUAUGAAAUUUCCAUAUUAAGCUUUUUCAAUGAAGAAUUUAUAAAAUUUCUAGCAAAAUUUUAUUUUGAAUACUGAUAAUUGUGUGUCUAACAGUAUAGCAUACAAUAUUUAUCUUGAAUGAAAAUAUUUUCUUAUAUAAUUUUCUUAGAAACCUUUUUUCUUAAAGUUAUUGAAUGAUUAAAUAUUAUUGUUCUACUUUGUUGUUGCAACUUAAUUCUUUCUUUUAGAGUUAAUUAUGGAUUUUAUUCUUAUUUUACUAUUGUUUUUAAAAGAUAGUGUCUUUUUUUCUUUUUAAUUAUUUAAUAAUUUCUGUUUAUAUUUCUUAAUUUAUUGAGACUAUAAUUUACCUAAUAAUUAUUUUGCUCGUGGACUACAGAAAUAAAAUAGAAUUAUUUGAUAAUUUUUGUAAUAGUGAUUUCAUUUUUAUUGUUCCUUUAAUAGAAGGAACGACAGGAGUACUUUUUUAUGUUCUGGAAUUUAUGUCAGGUUUAGUAACUGAAUUCACAGAAUUGAAACUAUAAUUUGGCUUCCGCUUUGCCAAUGGAAAAAUCAUUUAAAAAUAAAGUCAGACGACAACUAUAAUGUAAAGUCGUCGAGUGAGUGAUUUAAGUAAUAAUAAAAGUGUGAGCACUUAUUAAAUUUAUUCAGUUUUUAAAUUAUGAAGCACAGUUGAUAAUAAGUAGGGUUUACACCAGCAAUGUAAUUUAAGUGGUCCAAUACGACCACCUAGGUAUGCAUUUAGUGGUCAAAAAUAUUAAUAUGGUAGACAAAUUUGAGAAGAAUAAAACUUCCAUCUAUUACACCCUAAAACUAAUAAGGUACCAUAAUGAUUGAAGAUAAGAAUUUAUUAAAAUUAAGUGAAAAAAAAGAGCCAAAAUAAUAUUGAUUCUACAUGCAGAUCAAAAUGCAGAGACCUAACAAAAUAUAUUAAAAAUUAUGAAUAAAGUUUAUUUUAUAAGAGCAAAAACUUAUGUUUUAUUGAUGAACAAUUACAUUGUCCAUCUAUGAAAAAACACCAGAGUUUAUGGUGCCAGAUAAGAGAUAUGCAUUAUAAUUGUUAUCCUCACAUCUAUUAAUAAAUUACAUAAUAAAAGUUUAAAAAAAGCAAUUAUUCAUUUGAAAAACCUAACCAACACGUAGAAUAAGAUUAGUACAAAAAAUUUUUUUUAAAUGCACGGAUUUCGAUGCAGAAAAAAAUACCUAUUUUUCGUUACUAACUUUCCAGACAUAUUUCGAGGCAACAAUAUUGUUGCCCAUGCAUAUGAUUUUAACGACAAAAAUGUGCUUGCAAGAACUGCUAGGAAGUGUUUCUUGCUAAUUUUGUAGCAAGAAAAAGUAAAAUUUUAUCAUAGUAGGAUUUUUGUAGUAGUUCUUGAUUAAAAUAAUUGACUAGGUAUAUUUCUUUUUUACCUGUCAAAGCUAAUUAAAAUUAAUGGUUUUUGUUAAUUUGUAGGCUUUAUUAGUGUACCAUUCAAAAAAUUUGUUGUGUGAAUUAUGUCGGAUUGUUUUUAACUGCAAUAAACUGACAUACAAAGAUAUUGUUAACUGUGUGUGAAAUAUUUUUUACGUAAAAAAAGAUAUAUUGUGUCACUUAUUUUCCUCCUCAGCAUUUGUUUUUUAAGAUUGUUCAUUUAUACCAACCAGAUUGUGGGAAAUUCUAUUUAUCAUCCCCCAAUUUACUUUCACUUCAAUUAUUGAUAUAUUUUAACUCAGUGUGAUAUUUAAGUGAUGUCAACAGUUGAUUAUAAACAUUUAUGCAACAAAAAGUGAAAUGGUUUUUAACACUUCUGUUUGCCAAACAAAGCUUUUUUUUUCUGCCUAAAGGUUAAGCCUAAUAAAAACCAUUUUCUUUUUAUCUCUGAAGAUUGCUUGGCAUUAGUAGUGUUAAAAACUAAGCUUUUGUGCUUCAAUACAAAUGUAAUCAAACUGCUUCCAUUGUACGAUUACUUGUGAUUGGUAAACAAUAAAAUGAAAUGUUUCAUGAA